GCCAUCGGGGGCGCCGCGCGAUAUAGCGCCUAGGCGCUGAGUUGUAGCAUCGAGGUAUCUCACCGCUCAUCCCGGGGAGAUUCAUCCCGUGAGAGGGCGACGGAUGUCUGAUCGCUCAAAAGGAGACAAUCUAGCCGUCCGUUUUCCAGGAGAUGCACCCGAGUUUCAUGAUCAGAGUCGUGCAUCUACUCGAAGAGGACGGACAUGUGAGAACAAGAGAACCUUAGACAACAGCCCGAUCAGAGAGAAAGGACAGGCUGAUUCAAAGAGGAGGAGGGCUAACACCGCUGAAGGCACUGAAGGCGGAGUUGCAAGCCCACAAAACAGUGUAACGGAGAAGCCUGCUAAAGACUCGGACUUUGCCAUGGACGAAGAGGACAGCGAUGACAGCAAAAGCUCAAGUGGCUCUGCCCCCAUCAGCGACCAGACUCCCCCUCCCAACAGGUCUCUUCAAUGGCUCCGCUCAGCGGAAUUCUCAGGGGGACAAGAGAUGGGAGCGUUGCAUGAGGAUCAGCGAGUGACCCUUACUGACCCAGCGGACUCCAGACAAAGCUCCUUCACCCCCCUGAUCGCCAAGAUGCCUGAGAAAACAAGACUGAAAAGAGGCAUGAUGUGGAGAUCAUGGGACACAGUUACUGCAAUUCCGUACAGUGUAUUGUCAGGUCUGGGAAUCCCGGCGAAGCUGCCUGCAGCCUCGCUGGCUGACAUCCUUAGAGUUGGCACACUGAACGGGGAGGCAGACUUGGAAACCAGAGCUUAUGCCAUGGAUCUGGACUGCUUCUACAGGGAUGAAUUCCAGGAGGAGGUCAUGGAGGACUGGGCUGGCGAUGAGCGCAUAGACCAGGACCCCCUGGGCUCCCCGGGGAACCAUGCCAGUGGCAGCAUAGGAGAAUACAAGAUCGAUGAUCUGGGGGUGAAAAUCAAAGUGGACCCACCUGUGACAGGUCUGAACACCUCAAUCUCCACGGAUCCGGGUGCCUCCUGAACGAGAAUUUUGUCUGUCCCUAAAAUUAUAGGUCCACAAUAUGGAGGGGUUUAGGAAUAAAGCAAAUCAACAGGCCCCCAAACC